AUCUAAUUUAUUUGCUGAUGCUACUCAAUCAGGUUUGGGAUCUAGGCGGUCAAGAUCGGCUUAGGACGUCAUGGGCUACCUACUACCGUGGAACUCACGCUGUGAUUGUAGUAAUUGACAGCACUGAUAGAGCCAGGAUUUCCAUAAUGAAGGAUGAACUCUUCAGGCUGCUCCCGCAUGAGGAUUUACAAAGUGCAGUUAUCCUCGUCUUCGCAAAUAAACAGGACCUCAAGGAUGCCAUGAGUCCUGCUGAGAUAACUGAUGCGCUUUCCCUUCAUAGCAUAAAAGAUCAUGAUUGGCACAUCCAAGCUUGCUGUGCCCUUACUGGUGAAGGUUUGUAUGAUGGUUUGGGUUGGGUAGCACAACGGGUUAGUGGAAAGGCUCCAAGCUUGGAGAGUUGAUAUAAAGAAUAUUAAAGUUCAUGUGUAGAAGUCCUCGCUCCUGUGGUUGGAAUACGUUGUUUUUAUUGGUUUCCCUGCACUUGCAGAUUGAGUUCUCCUGUGCGUGGAAAAAGAAAAGGGAAAAACCAGAGCUGUAUGUUGUACCUUUCAUUUCAUUUUCUCCUGAGUGAAUAUUUGGCAAGUUUGAUUGCUAAAAAAUAUGUUUUAAUCCUAGUCCUCUGUGCUCCUGUUGA